AUGGCAAUGCUGAGAAGUCUUCUGCUGCUUUUCGUUAUCUUCUCCAUGGGCAAUGCAGCACAUAUUUCUGGAUGCCGACAUGGAUGGACCAAUUUUGGACAGCGGUGCUACAAGUACUUCUCUCUAUCGGUUCACUGGGUAAAAGCAGAGAGAAACUGUCAAAGUCUUGGUGCGAAUCUCGCAUCUGUGCAUGAUCAACCAGAGAAUGAUUUCCUGCUGAGUCUGUUGCCUUCCUCCACAAGAGCUUGGGUUGGUGGUCAUGAUGGUGAACAAGAUGGAGAGUGGUUGUGGAGUGAUGGAUCUGUGUAUGACUACGACCACUGGUGCUCUGGAGAACCGAACAAUUUUGAUGUUCCCGAGAACUGUUUGGAGAUCAACUGGGACUCUAACCGUUGCUGGAACGACUCUCCCUGUUCAACCUCAAUGAACUAUAUUUGUGUUUCGGACAUUGAGAUAACAACUCCUCCUCCUUUUUUUCCAGAAAACAAACCGAUUUCAGAGUAA